AAAGAAAAAGAAAAAGAGGAAAACGAGUAUAUGUGUGACGUUAUUAUGCUAUGCUAAUGGCAAUGGCCUUGUGACUCUGAGAUCGCCCCUUCGUUUUCUCUUCUCUCAUUCGAUCUUCCUUGCCGCAUUUCUCAACACCGUCGCCAAUUCCACGAUAAUGGCGAAUAGUGAGACUUCUUGUUCAACUCAGCUUAUUGAUGGAGAUGGUACAUUCAAUGCUUCUGGAAUUGAAACCUUUAUGAAGGAGGUGAAAUUGGGUGAAUGUGGGCUUUCGUAUGCUGUAGUUUCUAUAAUGGGUCCGCAAAGUAGUGGCAAGAGCACACUAUUAAAUCAUUUGUUUGGAACCAACUUCAGAGAGAUGGAUGCUUUUAAAGGAAGGUCUCAAACAACCAAAGGAAUAUGGAUGGCUAGAUGUACUGGCAUCGAGCCUUGUACAAUUGUGAUGGAUUUGGAGGGUACAGAUGGAAGAGAACGUGGAGAGGAUGAUACUGCAUUUGAAAAGCAGAGUGCUCUGUUUGCUCUUGCUGUCUCAGAUAUAGUGCUAAUAAACAUGUGGUGCCAUGACAUUGGCCGUGAGCAAGCUGCAAAUAAGCCGCUUUUGAAAACUGUCUUUCAGGUCAUGAUGAGAUUGUUUAGUCCGCGCAAAACAACAUUGUUGUUUGUCAUACGUGAUAAAACAAGGACACCACUCGAAAAUUUAGAACCUGUUUUGCGAGAAGAUAUUCAAAAGAUCUGGGACUCUGUUCCUAAACCACACGCCCACAAGGAAACCCCUCUAAGUGAAUUUUUCAAUGUUGAAGUUGUUGCACUUUCUAGUUUUGAAGAGAAGGAAGAACAAUUUAAGGAGCAGGUUGCUAGCUUGAGGCAACGUUUCUAUCAUUCUAUCGCUCCUGGUGGGCUUGCAGGGGACCGUCGUGGAGUAGUUCCUGCCUCUGGCUUUUCUUUUAGUGCUCAGGAAAUAUGGAAAGUCAUUAAGGAGAACAAAGAUCUCGACCUUCCUGCACAUAAGGUUAUGGUUGCUACUGUACGAUGUGAAGAAAUUGCAAAUGAGAAAUAUGUUUCUUUUUCUGAAAAUGAGGAAUGGUGUCAAUUGGAAGAGGCUGUGCAAUCUGGCCCACUUCCUGGAUUUGGGAAAAAGAUCAGUUCACUCCUUGAUGCUUAUUUGUCAGAGUAUGAUGCUGAGGCCACUUAUUUCGAUGAAGGUGUGAGAUCUGCAAAACAAAAGCAACUUCAAGAAAAACUGUUGCAACUUGUCCAACCAGCAUUCCAAUCUGUGCUGGGACAUCUAAGAUCAGGAACUUUUGACAAAUUCAAGGAGGCAUUUGAAAAGGCUUUAAAUGGAGGGGAAGGGUUUUCUACUGCUGCUAAUAAAUGCAUCGGGUCUUUUAUGGCUCAAUUUGACGAAGCAUGUUCAGAUGUUGUUAUUGAACAAGCAAACUGGGAUACAUUUAAAGUACGGGAGAAAUUGAAGCGUGAUAUUGAUGCACAUGUUGAAUCUGUGCGCGCAGCUAGAAUAUCAGAACUUACUUCUUCAUAUGAGGCUAAACUUAAAGAAGCUCUGUCUGGAUCUGUUGAAGCUCUUUUGGACGGUGCUAAUAGUGAAACUUGGCCAUCAAUAAGGAGCAUUCUUAGGCGGGAGAUUGAAUCAGCAGUUUCAGGGUUUUCUGCUGCACUCACUGGGUUUGAUAUGGAUGAAGAAACGAGACAAAAAUUGAUUUUGAGUUUAGAGGACUAUGCAAGGGGUGUGGUAGAAGGAAAGGCUAGGGAAGAAGCUGGAAGGGUUCUCAUCCGUAUGAAGGACAGGUUUACGAUGUUAUUUAGCCAUGAUUCUGAUUCAAUGCCUCGUGUUUGGACGGGGAAAGAAGAUAUUCGAGCCAUCACCAAAACUGCCCGCUCUGCUUCUAUGAAAUUGCUAUCUGUUAUGGCUGCAAUUCGUUUGGAUGAUGCUGAUACCGAUAAUAUCGAGAAAACAUUAGCAGUUGCAUUGUUGGAUUCAUCGAGCAAUGCUGCUAAAGAUAGGAGUAUCACAAUGGUUGAUCCGCUAGCUUCUAGCAGUUGGGAUGAGGUUCCAUCCUCUAAAACAUUAAUUACACCUGUCCAGUGCAAAUCUUUGUGGAGGCAGUUCAAGACAGAAACAGAGUACAGUGUCUCUCAAGCCAUUUAUUUUCAGGAGGCCAACAAGCGCAAUAACAACUGGUUACCUCCCCCAUGGGCAAUAUUUGCUUUGGCUAUUCUGGGUUUCAAUGAGUUUAUGACACUUCUAAGAAAUCCCAUGUAUCUGGGUAUCAUCUUUGUUGGUUUUCUUCUUAUUAAAGCCCUAUGGGUGCAGCUUGACGUUUCGGGUGAAUUUCGCAAUGGAGCUCUUCCGGGAAUCAUAUCUUUGUCUACCAAAUUUAUUCCAACUAUCAUGAACCUUAUGAGAAAACUAGCCGAGGAGGGACAGAACCCUGCAACUAACAAUCCUCAGAGAAACCCAUCAAGAAGCAAUCAAAGUGAUGGUCCUGCUGGUAGUUCUUUGUCAUCUAGCGCUUCAUCUAACGUAACAUCAUUGGACAACGGAACUGGAUACGCCAGCUCAUCAAAAGACGAGUAGGCGAAGAAAGUCAUUUUUCUGAAUAACAACUUCUGCUGUUUGAAAAAGGUUGUGUCUGCUGGCUGCAUGAUGGGUUUUUGCUUGUCCAUGAAUUUAUGACUUGUGAGCUUUCCAGACAUUCAAAGGCAUCAGUUUUUUGUGCAAGUGCCAUACACAGGGGGCAAUGUUUUGAUCCAAGGUAGGUCCCCUUGAAAUAGGUCCUUUUUUAUCUUUUCAAUUUGGGUGCUCCACAUAGUUGGAGAUGUUAGCUCAUUUCACGUGUUGUCAUUGAUGGUUGUGCUGGUUUUGCAAUCAAUUUUGUUUGUAUUUUUAUCAGUUUUCUGAAUGUGUCCUUUCUAUUUAGAGAAUUUAUUGAUUGGACUCCUGUAUUUAUAUUAGGUUUAUAAGAUUAUACAUGUAAGCCUCAUGUAUAAUGGGCAACCGACUGUCCAUUCACGUGUAAGUGUUGAAAAUAGGAGAUUGUUUUGGUUUUUGGCAUGCUUAAACAUGCAUUGAAUUGAAUCAAUUAAAAGUUCAGUGUUAUUUUCA